GUCUUCAGCGCCCCGCGCGCUCUUUACGUCGGAGCGCCAGGAAAAAGCGUUUCCGGCCAUUCAUAUUGCCAGCCGGUCGGCCCACGGUUGUAGGGGUUUGUGCGUUAUUGGGCCGAAGGGGUGCCGGCGCCGCGAGGAUGAAGCUCGUGAGAUUUUUGAUGAAAUUGAGUCACGAAACUGUAACCAUUGAGUUAAAGAAUGGAACACAAGUCCAUGGAACAAUCACAGGUGUAGAUGUCAGCAUGAAUACACAUCUUAAAGCUGUGAAAAUGACCCUGAAGAACAGAGAACCUGUACAGCUGGAAACACUAAGUAUUCGAGGAAAUAACAUUCGAUAUUUUAUUCUGCCAGACAGCUUACCUCUGGAUACACUGCUUGUGGAUGUUGAACCGAAGGUGAAAUCUAAGAAAAGGGAAGCUGUUGCAGGAAGAGGCCGAGGUCGAGGAAGAGGAAGAGGACGUGGCCGGGGCAGAGGAAGAGGGGGUCCUAGGCGAUAAUGUCUCUCAAGAUUUCUGUUUCAAAAUGAUUUGUGACUUGGAGAACUUUUUGUACAGGUUUUGUUUGUGUGUGUCAGUUUUUAAUAAACAUAAAUGUAGGACAGGUUUGUCUACUGACUAUCAAAUUAAGUUUUAAUAGUUCAUAUAUAUACAUGAUGUUAACACAGUAAGAGCUAAGCAUUAUUUCUAGGCAGUCCCAAAAUAAUUCUAUUCUUAGAUCAGGCUUUUACUUUUUUUGAACUAAAAUAUUUCCCCUAUGAAUAUAUGUAGAAUAUACACCUUUUUAUUUCACAUGCACUGAGUACACAUUUUAUCGUUUUACUUUGACUCCAUUCUGUGGAACCUUCCUGCAAGUGAAACGAGUUCUUUUUGGUACUUCAGAAGCUAAAGUCCUGUGACUCUCCUUUCCUGAGUUUUGUUCCAUGGAGACUCAGGUACUCAGUGAAAGGUGAGUCAUCUUCUAAUUCAGGAUUCAUUGAUUUUGUUGUCAUUGUUAAUGAUUUUGUUUUGUUUCAUUUUUAAUAAGUUCUCAGUAGAAUAUGGUUUUACAGUCUUCUCAGUUGAAACUGUAGAUAAUGUUCACUAGAUUAUCUUUUGUGAGCAGUGCUGAAACCUGUUAAUGUGGAACGUACCUGUCAUUGGCUCCUUUAUCAAAUACUUUUACAAGGCAUCUUUUAAGAACAAAAGGAAGAAAGCCUACUUUAUUUGACAGCAAAAACUGAAUUCUUUCUCAUCAAUAAAGGUGUUUUUUUUGUU